AGAGAUGGCGGCCGCCGCAGGUAGAUCGCUCCUGCUGCUCCUCUCCUCCAGGGGCGGCGGCGGGGGCGUUGGCGGCUGCGGGACGCUGUCUGCCGGCUGCUUCCCCGGGCUGGGCGUCAGCCGCCACCGGCAGCAGCAGCACCACCACCGGACGGUACAUCAGCGGCUCUCUUCCUGGCAGAAUUUGAGAGUUGUAUAUUGCAGUACUGUUGUGCCCUCUGAUGAUGUAACAGUGGUUUAUCAGAACGGGUUACCUGUGAUAUCAGUGAGGCUACCCUCCCGGCGUGAACGCUGCCAGUUCACCCUUAAACCUAUCUCAGAUUCUGUUGGUGUGUUUUUACGACAACUGCAAGAAGAGGAUCGGGGAAUUGACAGAGUCGCAGUAUAUUCACCAGAUGGUGUUCGAGUCGCUGCCUCAACAGGGAUAGACCUCCUCCUACUAGAUGACUUUAAACUGGUCAUCAAUGACUUAACAUACCAUGUGCGACCACCAAAGAGAGACCUCUUAAGCCAUGAAAAUGCAGCAACGCUGAAUGAUGUAAAAACGCUGGUCCAGCAGCUGUAUACCACACUGUGCAUUGAGCAGCACCAGUUAAACAAGGAGAGGGAGCUUAUUGAACGGUUAGAGGACCUCAAAGAGCAACUGGCUCCUCUGGAAAAGGUACGAAUUGAGAUUAGCAGGAAAGCUGAGAAAAGGACCACUUUGGUGCUAUGGGGUGGGCUUGCCUACAUGGCCACCCAGUUUGGCAUUCUGGCCCGGCUUACCUGGUGGGAAUAUUCCUGGGACAUCAUGGAGCCAGUCACCUACUUCAUCACCUAUGGAAGUGCCAUGGCGAUGUAUGCGUAUUUCGUAAUGACACGCCAGGAAUACGUUUAUCCAGAAGCCAGAGACAGACAAUAUUUAUUAUUUUUCCAUAAAGGAGCCAAAAAGUCACGUUUUGACCUAGAGAAAUACAAUCAACUCAAGGAUGCAAUUGCUCAGGCAGAAAUGGACCUUAAGAGACUGAGAGACCCAUUACAAGUGCAUCUGCCCCUCCGACAAAUUGGUGAAAAGGACUGA